GACCGACUGAGGCAAUUGCAAUCGGGGCCAUGUUGUGACUUGGGCGCUUGUGUUGGUGUGCUGUUGGUGGCUGCAUCGACUCGCCCCGUGACGGACGUGGCGACGAGGCGAGACAGCGGGAAAGCGAGACAGCGCGAGAGGGGCAGAGUGAGGACGGAGACCGGGGCGAAGAGUGCGCCAAUCAGAGAGCUCCCAAAUCACCAGCAGGCCAAGCACACAUCUCGCGUCCAGCCAAUCAGAGCGAGCCAGGCUGUCUGGUGGUCUCGCUCUCUCGCUGCGACACCCACCCCCAGUCCCACUGAUGGUCUCCCUGCUGCAGCCCUCAAAUUUAUCCAAAUGUGUGCCUUUCUCCUGCGAGCCCGUCGAUUGGUCCUGCUCUCACACACACAAGCACACACACACACACACUCGCAGGCGUGCACUUGUGCGCACAUCGCGACAGCCAGCGGCUCCCUCGGGCCGGCAUACUCGUCCAUCCAAAACGGACUAAUUAUAAACUCACACAGACCUCUCGUCCUGAUUUGUCCCCCCAACACGCUUUUUUCAUACCCUUUCCCUCCCUCCCUGUCUCUUUCUCUCUCUUUAUCUCUCUCUCUAUUUCUUUCUUUUGAUUUCUCUCUCGUCUGCCUCACCGCCUUCGCUCCGGCCGGUCGGCCUAAUAGGCCCAAUCCUGAUUCCGCUGCCUCGUCUUCGUCGGUACAUUGGCAUUCGCUUCGCUGUGGCCUGUGCUCGCGCGCUUGUGUGUCGACGUCGCGUGAGAAAGCCGAUCUCUGCUCACCCGUCGCCAGCCGGUUCCUGCUGUCACAUUUUCCGCCGCCGUCGUCGUCGUCGUCCUGCCUCGACUGGCGCCAACUUGGCCAACUCCUUUUACAUUCAGGCUCCGGUUUGCGCAAUCUCUUCGUCCUUCGCCUCGCGGCCAGCCUCAACGGCUCGCCAACCGGCCGACGAGGCGCCCUCGCAACCGAGAACUCGACUCCUGAUCGGCCAGAAGGUGAGUCCGGCCGUAAAUCGGCUGAAUUGCCGACAGAAUCAGGCCGAAGGAGGGAUGGCGAUUGUCAUUUCGUUCUCCACUUCUGUACCUCUGACGUCACUCAGGUUGCAACGACUCCGACGUCAGUGCCUCUAAUGACGGCAAGCAAACACUCGGGCAGACCUUAUGUAGAUGCUGCACAUGCGAAUCGUCAUCGUGACCUUCAGGUUAUACUGGAAAGUUGGGCGAACAUGAUGCGUGGUUUGGCCUCAUCGGAAACCCAUAGCGGAUUGCAGCAAAGAGUCAGUUUUGUUGUCAGGACAUUGUCCGACAAUUGUCAGGAUGGCAACAACUCAAGUAGUCAAGACACGGUUGCCAGGAGACGAGUAUGUAGUUGUGUGGUGAUGACGAGCCCGGACGACAAACUGUCGGGGCUGCAUUCCCCGCUGUUCAUCUCCUUCUUUUCGGCUCCUCUUCGUCUUGCUUGUUCUUGUCGUCGAGGUCAGCGCUGGACUGAGGAAAUCAAGGGCAGCCCCAGAGCGAAACUACACAACAGUUCUGAAGACCGACUAUCCCCAUUCUUUAAGUCGCCGAGAGUCGAACUUGCAAGGACGACAUUCCAUCGCAGAGAGACGAUAAAGUCGGCCGAAUGCGGCUGUCUGGCUGAUUCCAACUUGCCUUGCUGGGAGGAAGAUGGACCUCAAAUGGUAGAAGUCUCGAAAGUCGCGAAUCAACGACACAAUCUGUCCAUAAUGACGAUGGUCCAUACUCCAGCCCACAAAACGAUGCCGGCCAGAAUACCUUCGCCGGGAUCCUUCAGCCAGCAAAGUUAA